AUGUCUCUUACACAAACCAAAACAAUCGCAUUGCCCAAGGCCGGAGUCAAUCUAUUCUGGCGAGAGCAGAGCGCACAGAAUCCUUCCAAGACGGUUGUACUCCUCCAUGGCUUCCCAUCUUCUUCGCACCAGUACCGCCACCUGAUUCCGCUCUUGGCUGCCAAGUAUCGCGUCAUUGCACCAGACCUGCCAGGGUUUGGCUUCACGGAGACGCCCGACAACUUUACAUAUACCUUUGACUCUCUCGCAAACGUGGUUGAUGAGUUUCUCGAAUUACUCUCAGUUCAGAAAUAUUCUGUCUACGUCUUUGACUAUGGCGCACCUGUUGGACUGCGCUUGGCGCUACGCAACCCCGAAGCGAUCGAGGCCAUCGUCACUCAGAACGGAAACGCCUACGUGGAGGGAUUCGGCGACGUUUGGGCUCCAAUCAAGGAAUUCUGGGCAAGCGACAACACGACAGACGACCGAAACAAGCUCGCAGACGCUAUGCUGAGCCUGGAUAUCACCAAGUUUCAAUAUCUCAACGGCACGCUCGACGUGGACGCAAUUGCCCCCGAGUCCUACUCGCUGGACUACGCCCUGCUGCAGCGACCUGGGCGUAGGGACGCUCAGCUGGAUUUGUUUAGAGACUACCAGCACAACAUUCCACUGUACGAAAAAUUCCACGAAUAUUUCAAAUCUUCGCAGGUACCCCUACUUGCCAUCUGGGGCAAGAAUGAUGUCUUCUUCAUCCCGCCUGGUGCAGAGGCGUAUAAGAAAGAUUUGCCGAACGCAGUGGUAAAGCUCAUUGACGCUGGACACUUUGCGGUAGAGAGCCACACUGUUUUGAUAGCAGAAGAAAUUCUAAAAUUUCUGAACUGA